AUGCCUAAUCCUGAUGGCUGUAACUUCCGCUGUCUUCCUCGCUACCUGCUGGUGGACACUGCUGAUGCUUCACAUGUAUGGACCACACGUCACGCUCAAGUAUUAAGCUUGCGUCUUGGACAUGCCUGUUUCUGUCAGCACUACUCGAUGAAUUGGACGGCAGCGGGGGAGACGGUGACCGGUGAUGGCAGCCGUCUCAGGGGAUCAAAGAGGCUCAAGACAACGACGCCAGCGACAUCACAAGGUCCACAGCACGGCCAACGGUGCAAUCCGAAACCAACAAGAAAUCAGUCUAUGAUGAAGGCACCAUGUAAGAGGAGCCAGAAGCUGGGGGACAAAAUCACGGCGCUUCAGCAGCUCGUCUCCCCAUAUGGCAAGGACACGGGCGAGGAAGAUGGCGGCGUGAUGGAUCUGCGCAGGCGAGGCCUGUGCGUGGCGCCGCUGUCCCCGACCGUCGUGCAGCUCGUGUCUGCCGAGGCCGCGUGCCGCCACCGCGACGCGGCCUUCACGGAGGAUCACUGGCGCUGCCUCGGCACUCUGUAG